AUGUGGCACCUGGGUAUUUGGAGGGCGAUUUCAUCCAUGCUGUCGAGGGGCUCGCUGAGCGGCCGCUCUAGAAGCCGCGAAGGGGCGGUGAUUGUGUCGGAGCCCAUGUUCUGUCUACUACUCCUAUUCCGCUCCCUUCUCUCCUCAGUGCGACGCAGAUUGCGUAGUCGGAAAAAGAACAUCGACAUCGUCCGACGCGAUGCACUGUCUGACAACGAUCGCCAGGUGUCCUUCUCACCUUUC